AUGGAGCUCUUAUUGUGUCUGCUGGUGCUCAGCUCGGUGAAUCUGAAGGACGCUUUUGGUGGAGAUGUGUGUGUGUCGGGUCACGACAGCGGGCCUGUGUUUGAAGAACAGCCGAGCAGUUUAAUUUACCCAGAAGGCCUGACUGAAGGGAAGGUGACCCUCAACUGUCAGGCCAGGGCCAGUCCAGCUGCUUCCUACAGAUGGCUUGUGAAUGGCACAGAGGUCCCACUGGGUUUGGACACCCGUUACACUCUGGUAGCAGGCAACCUGGUGAUCAGCAGUCCUGAGUCUAACAGAGAUGCUGGAUCAUAUCAGUGUCUGGCCAUCAACCGCUGUGGAACCAUCAUCAGCAGAGCAGCUAACCUAAAAUUUGGCUUCCUGAAUGAUUUCCCUUCAGAUGACAGGAGUCCUCAGACAGCAUAUGAAGGCAUAGGAACUUUCCUAGCAUGCCAGGCUCCUCCACAUUACCCAGCUCUGUCCUACCGCUGGAUUGUCAACGAGUUCCCCGAAUUCAUCAAGAAGGACAACAGCCGUAUGUUCGUGUCCCAGAUGACAGGAAACCUGUAUGUGGCCAAAGCAGAGCCAAACGACACGGGGAAGUACUACUGCUUCGCCACCAUCAACUUAGACAUCAGCUCCAAGAGCACCUUCAGCAAGCCCAACCAGCUCACUGUGUUACCUGAAGCCAAUCCCAGGAAGUCGGCUCCAAAUAUCAAAGUGCGUUUCCCAGCAGACACCUAUGCCCUGGCAGGGCACACCACCCAGUUAGAGUGCUUCGCCUAUGGAAAUCCUGUCCCCAAACUACGAUGGAGAAAGGUGGAUGGACUGAUGCCAUCCAAGGCGGGCCCCAGUGUUGAUGGCCCCACCCUCAUCAUACCAGACCUCUCCUUCGAUGACGAGGGGGUUUAUGAAUGUGAAGCCUACAACUCAGAAGGCAGCGAUACGUACCAGGGACGCAUCAAUGUGCAAGCUCAGCCGGAGUGGUUGCAGGUGAUGAGCGACUCAGAGGUAGAGAUCAGCUCGGAGCUGCGGUGGAGCUGCGUGGCUGCUGGUAAACCACGACCCUCCGUACGCUGGCUACGCAACGGACUGCCACUCACUACACAGGACCGAGUGGAGGUGACUGGAGCUCGUCUUAGGAUCAGUAACCUGGCCUUGGAGGAUUCUGGGAUGUACCAGUGUGUGGCUGAGAACAAGCAUGGCACAGUUUAUUCUACUUCUGAGCUCCGAGUCCAAGUUGAAGCUCCAGACUUCAGGCUGAAUCCUGUACGGAAGCUGAUCCCAGCAGCCAGAGGGGGGCAGGUGAUGAUCGAGUGUCGCCCUCGAGCCGCCCCAAAGCCCAGCCUGUUCUGGAGUCGUGGGACGGAGCUGCUCACCAACAGCAGCAGAGUGACAGUAACUCCAGAUGGAAUCUUGUGGAUCCACAACAUCAGCAGAGCAGAUGAAGGGAAAUACACCUGCUUCGCUGAGAACUACCUGGGCAAAGCCAACAGCACCGGACACCUGUCUGUUAGAGAUGCCACCAAGAUCACUCUGGCUCCUUCCAACGCUGACAUCAACCAGGGUGAGAAUGUGACUCUGCAGUGUCACGCCUCCCACGACCCUACCAUGGACCUGACCUUCACCUGGGCCCUCAACGGGGUCCUGCUGGACCUGGAGGAGCCUGCGGGGCCAUACCACCGGGUGGAGGGGAAAGAAACCAUUGGUGAUCUGUUAAUUGUGAGUGCUCAGCUGAGUCAGGCGGGGAUGUACACCUGCACAGCUCAGACUGUGGUGGACAGCGCUUCAGCUUCAGCCAAACUGGUGGUUCGAGGCCCCCCAGGACCUCCUGGAGGUUUACUGGUGAAGAACGUUGCUGAGACCUCAGUGGAGCUCAGGUGGAGUCGUGGCUACGAUAAUCACAGUCCCAUCGGCAGAUAUGUCAUCAUGGGCCGAUCUUCACUGUCAUCAGAUUGGAAGAAGAUGAGGACAGACCCGGUGAACAUCGAGGGGAAUGCAGAGUUGGCUCGUGUGAUGGGACUCAUGCCCUGGAUGGAUUAUGAAUUCCAGGUCAUUGCCAGCAACAUCCUGGGCAGCGGAGAGCCCAGCGUUCCUUCACACACCAUCCGCACACAGCAAGCAGCUCCCACAGUGGCUCCUAGUGGACUUGGAGGAGGAGGAGGAGACCGCAAUGAGCUCAUUGUAACCUGGACACCCAUGGCCAGAGAGUACCAGAAUGGUGACGGUUUUGGCUACAUCCUGGCAUUUAGGAAGAAAGACACAUCGUCAUGGACAGUGGUGCACAUUCCCCACGUGGAGUCAUCCCGGUAUGUGUACUACAACGACAGCCUGACGCCAUACAGCCCGUUUGAGGUGAAGAUCAAAGCUUAUAACCGAAGAGGAGAAGGUCCAUUCAGCCAGAUUGCUUUGGUCUACUCUGCAGAAGAAGAGCCAACAGUGGGACCAUCAAACAUCAAUGCCACAGCACUGACCGCCUUUGACAUCCAGGUGUCCUGGGAGCCCGUCCAUCAGCUCAGUGCCAACGGCAUCCUCAGAGGAUACGAGAUCCGGUACUGGCGGCAGCAUGAACGAGAAGCAGCAGCAGACCGAGUGCGAACAGCAGGACUGGAAACAACAGCGAGGGUGUCUGGACUUCGACCCAGCACUCGAUACCACGUCGCUGUCCUGGCAUACAACAGCGCCGGCACCGGGCCGCCAUCUCCACGCGCCACCGUCACCACCAGGAAACCACCUCCCAAUCGGCCUCCAGGCAAUGUGUCUUGGAAGACUGAUGGCUCAAUGGUAAUGGUGAGGUGGGACCAUGUGAAGGCCAUGCACAAUGAGUCAGCUAUACUGGGCUACAAAGUUCUGUACAAGCAUGAGGGCCAGACAGCGUUGAAGGUUUUGGACAAGGGGAAGAGUUCAGUGAGCCUGCCACUACCAAAAGACAACGGUUAUGUCGUGUUGGAGAUUCGGUCCUGGGGCGAAGGCGGAGACGGGCCGGCACACGAGAUUAUUGUUUCCCGGGACUCAGGAACUGGUAUGAUGGUGCAGAAUGAGGCCUCCUCCACACUGUGCAGUCACCUGCUCCACCUCCUCUCUGGCCUGCUUCUCUACACUCUCAUGUCGUUGUCAUGCCUGUGA